GCAGGAGCCGCGUUCGGGACGCGUUUGCACGAAGCGCACCGCGUGGGGGAGACUGGGUCGCCGCUGAGACCGCUCUGAAGACGGCGUCUGCGCGCGGGGCCGCCCCAGACUCCGCGGGGCGGGGGGCGCGAGUCGUUCGCGUGACCCACCCGCAAGCCCGACCCACAUGCAGAGGUUUUCUCCCGCUUUUCUCCUCGGAUCCUCUGUGUUUGUUACAACGGGGGGUGGGGGCUGCCCUCCUUCCCGGCGACCUCCCGGCCGUCCAGACCUUCCCCAGGUUAACAGCGAGUCCGCCCUAACGCACGUGGGACUCAUUUGCUUUUCAAAGUGUGGGCGGCCUGUCCGACAGUCCAGGCAGGCUUCUCUGACCCUCUGACCCGGACCCAGUUUUUAGUGUCGUCUUCCGUACAGCCAGGUCGGGAGCGGACCUCCUCUGUGGAAAUGUACCUGACUUUUAAUGCUCUUGAAGGUAAAAUAAAGGAUAGAUUUUCUACAGAACAUCAUACUGGAGGACGUGAAAGUCGCCUGUUUUCAGCAGCACAGUAGGGACAACUUGAGACGGUCUUUAAAGCAAUUAUUUUGGGGUGGUUUGUGUUGUUACAGAUCACAGCCCUGUUAGGAGGAAACCGGUGCUCUUCUAUGUUAGGAGCAAAUCCUCACUGAAUGGCCGAGGUCCCUUUAUUUGAGCACGAAGCAGACUUCUUGAUUCAUUUUCGUGUUGGUGAAAUGAGUUUCCUCCCAGCGAAAAACGCAAAACUGGGCAUGUGGGAAAGGAAGCCCAGAGUGGAAGGGGCUAAAAGGGGCCUCUGCCCAUUGAUAACUUCGAAUUUCUCCACUAGGAAGAAGUGCCCAGGCAAGAGAUUUUUGUUGUAUGACUUCAUGAAAAAUAGCGAAAUGUCAGGCUCUUCACCCUUUAAGAUGCGAUUAGUUCAUUUGGACCUUAAAGGAGCUCCACCAAAGGUCUCCUACCUCUCGGAGGUCUUUCCUCUGUUCCACGCCUUGGGCGCCAACGGGCUCCUCCUCGAGUAUGAAGACAUGUUUCCCUACGACGGCCGCCUCAGGCUGCUGAGAGCCAAGCACGCAUACAGCCCCCCUGAAAUCAAAGAGAUCCUACAUCUGGCUACACUGAACAAGCUAGAGGUCAUUCCGUUGGUGCAGACAUUUGGACACAUGGAGUUUGUGCUGAAGCACGAGGCUCUCGCUCACCUCCGAGAAGUGGCACUUUUCCCGAACACCCUGAACCCCCAUGAGGCGGAGGCCCUGGCGCUGGUGGGAGCCAUGGUCAGCCAGGUCAUGGAGCUGCACCCAGGCGCGCGGUGGUUCCAUGUCGGCUGCGACGAGGUCUAUUACCUUGGCGAGGGCGAGGCCUCGAGACGGUGGCUGCAGCAGGAACAUAACACCAAAGCGAGACUGUGUCUGUCCCACAUAAAGGCAGUGGCCUGCCACGUGCUGGCCCGGCACCCCGCCACGAGGCCCCUGGUGUGGGACGACAUGCUGCGGUCCAUCCCCGAGGACCAGCUCUCAGCAUCGGGGGUGCCGCAACUCGUGGAGCCUGUGCUCUGGGACUACGGGGCCGACCUAGACGUCCAUGGCAAAGCUCUUCUCAUGGAAAAGUACCGGAAGUGUGGUUUUCUACGGCUGUGGGCUGCCAGCGCCUUCAAGGGGGCCACAGGGGUGAGCCAGGCCCUGACCCCCAUCGAGCACCACCUCAGGAACAACGUGCAGUGGCUGCAGGUGGCGGCCCGUGGGCCUGUGGAUGUGCUCCAGGGCAUCGUCCUGACCGGCUGGCAGAGGUACGACCACUUCUCCGUGCUGUGCGAGCUGCUCCCCGUGGGAAUUCCGUCCCUGGCCGUCUGCCUGCAGUCGCUCCUACACGGAGGGUUUACCGAAGAUGUUAAAGCAAAAGUGGAGAACUUUCUCGGGAUUUCAAACCUAGAAGUAACUGAUUUUACAAGCGAGGGGCCCGGCUCCUUCCCUGGCAGCGACAUCCUGGCCCUCGUCACGCACGUCAGCCUCCACUUGCGCAGCUCCGUGGACUCGCUGCUGGAGAGGGACAGACUCUUUAAGGUUUCUCAAAGACGUUCUCUUAACCACCCCCGCCCCCGAGGCUGCCCAGCCAGCCGCAGUGGGCGCACCUGCAUGCGUGGGUCUGCCCCCAGGUACGUGAGCGGCUGGUUCAGCCCUUACCACCGCAGGCGGAAGCUCGUGCACCCCGUCAUGGUCCAGCACAUCCAGCCCCAGGCGCUCAGCCUGCUGGCCAGGUGGAGCGCCGUGGUGCGGGAGCUGGAGGCCGCCCUGCAUCGUGUCUUCUAUCCGGAUGCUGUGGAGGAGUGGCUGGAGGAGAACGUGCAGCCCAGCCUGAGGCGGCUACAAGCCUUGCUGCAGGACCUUAGAGAGGCGGCUACCGCCAGGCCGCACGUGGCUCAGGACCCCUGACGGGGUGGGUCGGGCACCCCGUCCAGCUGUGCCCAUCCUGGCGCUGGCGGCCCGCCUCCCCCUGUACGCCAGACUCCCUGCAACAGGCCACACCCAGGGAGCAGAGGGUUCUCGCUGGGCAAGACGAGUGGCGAGGUGCAGGGAAGACACGCUGAGGCCCGCCAGCGGAUCCACGUGUGGAACUUGAAAUACAACGGAGAGCGGGAGCUGGAACUGCUGCUGGUGG